AUGUGGCUCGUAUCAUUUUGGUUAUUUCCGCUGGUCUCGGCAUGCAUGUGGGUUGCGAUGCUGAUUGCCAUGCUUGUUACCUGGGUUGUCGUGGGCAAGCCACACUACGCUAGUAUGGAUGAUGGACAGAACAUUGCAUACAUCUCGGACGUUGGAGCGCAGGGGUUGAAGCCCCUCUUUGUCGCAGGAAGUGUGGUUACUGUCGUCUUCCUUGAUUUGGGAAUUAUCUCAGAGCGGUGGCUGCGACAUGCCGGGCAACUGGUCCCGAACAAGGGCAAACUCGACAAGGCUUGCGCCAUUGCCUCGAUAUUCUUCGCUAUUGCCGGUGCCGCCGGUCUCAUCCUGCUCUCAUGUUUCGACACACUGCGCCACCCCAAGCUCCACGAUGGGUUCAUUGCUCUGUUCAUUGCUGGAUACGUGAUCAGUGCCAUUCUCAUCUGUGUCGAAUACCUCCGGAUCGGAAUUUUCUACCGCCACCAGCACCGCGUCCUGCUGGUCAGCUUCUGGGUCAAGAUCGCUUUCAUCAUUGUGGAAGUCGGACUUGCGAUUGGCUUCGGUGUCUGCAAGGCCAGCAAUAGCGUAGCCAAGAAAGACCCUGGUGCGAUUCUCGAAUGGGCGAUUGCCUUUGUCUUCACGGGCUACGUCCUGUCCUUCUUGAUCGAUCUCCUGCCUUCUGUUCGAACACGCCACCACCUGCCUCAAGGUCAUAAGAACCUGGAAAUGGCACAGGGAGGAUCAAAUGGAAACUCCGAGGGCGUUUCCAUUGAAGAGCCCCUGACCCACGACUCCAUGGGCCCGAACUCGGGCUUUUAUCGUGGCCAGCGCGUUUGA